GCAAAGAGGCAGAGAGGGAGAGGGGUGAGAGAGAGACCAGUAGAGAGCAAGAGAGAGUCAAACUGCUGCCACAGACUGGGAGUAGUUUUUGCAACUGGAAUCGAAACAGACAAAUAUAGAAACAAAGGACCAAGAAAGAGGUUCAGAGAAGAAAAAGAGGACAAAUCACAACCGUUUUACUUCAACAUGCCAUUAUAAAUUUACUUUCUGUCAAAGGAUUAACUGAAAGAGGAACUGACCUUUGGGAUGUGAAGUGUUUUUGUAUGAACCAAGAGAGAAAAACAAGAAGGACCUGGAACCUGCAGCCGCCUGUCAUACAGCAGCUCCGGGGUCAAGUCACUCUCAAUUGCUGACUUAAGAUCAACUUGCUGAUCUCUUAAACCAAGACUGACUCAGCCUUAUUAGGGCUACAUCUGACUUACGUGGCUUAACAAAUUUUGCAAAGAGACAUUGGGGGUAAAGUAACAUUUUGAGGGGUGGACACCUUUAGGGCGAAGCAUCAACAGAAACUUUGCUGUUACUUUGCAGAAAAGUUACAAGCUUAACCUCAACAAGUGGACGUCUCAGCAGGAUUGAUCAGUAGCUGUCAGACUUGUUGCGAUUAGAAUGACAUUCGCCAUGCUUCGCACAGCGCCUCCCGCAGGCCGCUUCUUAUAUGGCGACAUCGCACUCCUCUCCGAAGACGAUGAUGAGAACGGGAGCGAGGGUUCGGGUUCUGAGGAGCGUACCAACUCCUCCAACUCUGCUGCCUUCCGCCUGUCCUCCUCGUCCCCGUCUGCUUUUCACAUCAAGGUGAACAGGAAGAGGAAGCUAUGUGGGGGAGUAGGGGGCGGAGGGGUAGGUGUAGGGAGCAUGGUAGGGAGGCUCGGCCCCCAGGGCUCAUCUCCCCCUGUGGAAGUUCGCCAGAGGACCGCAGCCAACGCACGGGAGAGAGAUCGCACCAAUUCUGUCAACACAGCAUUCACAGCGCUGCGCACACUCAUCCCCACCGAGCCUGCAGACAGGAAGCUGUCAAAAAUCGAGACACUACGUUUGGCCAGCAGCUACAUCAGUCAUCUGGGGAACGUCUUGCUCCUGGGUGAAGGGCUUCAUGAUGGACAGCCGUGCCACGCUCCCUCACCACCGUUCUUCCAUGUUAACUCCUCCCCCAACCGAGGAUCUGACCAAUCAACUCAGCCCAAGCACAUCUGUACUUUCUGCCUCAGCAACCAGAGGAAAAUGAACAAAGACAGAGACAGGAAGACGGCCAUCAGAAGCUAACAGUCAGGACACACACCACAUGGAUAAAAUGCUUGUCACUUUGACAGCACUUUCAGUGAUUUUACAGUUACUGCAACUUGAAGAUUUACAGACUUGUGAUGCAUUUCAAGGACCAUUGAAGGACUUCUAUAGCACUUCCAGGACUUUUCAAGGAACUUUAUGAAGCAUUUCUUUUUGUUGACUUUUUAUAUUGCUUUACAGAAACUUUAAGUUUCGUGUUUUCAAAUAUGAUUGAAACACUUCUGAAAAGUUUAACCAUACUUUUAAAGGGCUUUUGCAUUCUUAUCAACACCAUGAAGAACCUUAUCAGAGACCUUUUACUGUAUUGACUCAGUGACUCUUUGUUCAGAGUCUAAGGAACUUAUGGCACAUGAUUGAAAAAACACACAAAACCUAUGGAAGACGCAUUUGUAUUCAUCAAAAGCUGUGUGUUAUUAAUGCGUAGACUGAAAUAUAAAUGUAUAUUUAUGUGACAUAACAUUAUAUAAUGAAACUAUGUUAUUUAACAGGCAUAUGACAUUCUUGACAAAUAAUGAGGAUUGGUUUAAGGUACAGAGCAUUGCCUAUUGACACAGUGAUGGCAUCACAGAAGAAAAAGAAAAAAAAACAUGCUGGAGCCUUUGUGGUAUUGGUUAUUUCUAAUAAUCAUUUCUGAAAGUUAACGCUGGAAAAUAACUCAAGAUGACCAAUAAAUUUUUUGUAUAUCUGGAA